UAAAAAGAUAACCUCUCUACUCGCUUAGCUCGUGGGGUUUCGACUUAUCGGAAUCCGGUGGGGUUCAUGCGUCAAGCGGGUUCACCGUCCAUCUUCCACUGCAAGCCGUAACUAGGAGAGGUCAACCGACUACACCCCGAUACAGUCGAAUCGCGGGCCACUCGCGGCGAACGGACAAGAUGCCUCUCAAGUUGCCGGGCCUGUACUAUGACAAACAACGCCGUCGCUACUUCAAGGUAGAAAAUAGCAGCACGGCGCCCCGCGACGCGGCUUGGUCCUCCGACAAUGUCAAGAAGCGCAAGAUCCAGGACGCCGAAGCCGCGGCGGCUCUCCGCAGGAUGACACUACAUAAGAAUCGGAUCGCACGAUCCAGAGUCCUGGAGGAACCGCUGAUGGGUGGUUUCUUCGCCCGCGAGUGCGGUGACGCGCCGGCCGAUCUCGUCGCUGCGAGCUUCGCCCAGGGUUUGGUCGGGAUGGGCAAACUGCCGCUGGCCGAUGCCCGUUGGCAUUCGGACACGAAUAUCAAGCAUAUGUUUGUCGCGGGCAAGGAUGAGAAGACGGGCAUCUGCACUGCCUAUGCCACUCUCGACGAGCUGACCCUCCUAUCCACCUAUGUCCCCCGAGACCCAGCAACGGGCAGAGUCCAUCGUCGUCUCAUCUCCAAUUACGUGCGUCCUGCGUCCCAUGUCGCCCCGUACCGAGAACUGGCCGUGCCUCAAAUUUCGGACAUCAAGUAUCACGAGCGGAGCAACCGUAUCCUUGUCACCUCCCGCGCCCCCAGCUCGGAAGUGUCCAUGUGGGCGUUCGUUCCUAAGACGACGGGCCCCAACGACCCCAGACCGUCCUGGCUCAUCGGCCGAAACGGCGUAACCCUCUACCUCAACAUCAAGGGUUCCGGCGACCCGACCUACAAUGACUACGCAGCCAACACCGUGUGCCCGGCGCCGGUCGGCUCCCCUAACAUAUGCAUGGUGGGCACGAGUCGCGGCCUCACACAUGUAGACUCGUCUGGGAACAUGCGGUGGACGAGCCCGUGGGGACCGGGCAAGUACUUCUGCCACCCGGAGGCCUUCCGGGACGUGUUCGCGGUCGAGUUCCAGCGGUCGCACCGUGAUUUGAUCCUCUUCGGCGGACGCCCGGGCGCGCUGUUCGUGGCCGACUUGCGCACCCACCCUAGCGUCUGGGACCACCUCGACCUGCCGGCGCCCAUUACGCACGUGCGCUCCCUCGCCAACGACCACCAGGUCCUCGUCGCCGGCCUGCGCGACACCUUGCGGGUACUAGACCUGCGCUUCGCAGGGCGCCAGUGUAUUAACAGGGGCACACCUCACGUCACCGCGCCCGCGCAGCCGCUCUUCGCCAUCGACGGCUACCGCAACGCAGCUCAGAUCAACAUCGGGCUCGACUACGACCCCGAGUCCGGCGUUGCGGCGGCCGCUCACGACGACGGCACCGUCAAGCUGUACUCGGUGCGCAACGGGGGCAGUGGUGGCGGGAGCGGCAGCCGUCGUCUCGCGAAUCGCGACCUCGACCGCGUGCGCUCGCGCCACGGCGCUAUCCACUGCAUCCAGUUCCAGCGCUUCCCCGGCGACGCGACACCCACCUUGUUCGUCGGCGAACACAGUAAUAUCAACGCAUACUCGUUCGGCGUCGACGACCCCGAGGACGAGGCGUAGCUAUUUUGCGUUGAUGUGUCUACGGGGACAGGGGUAGCGAGAUGGCUCCUCAUUACCUGGCUAUCGUCUCGCCUCUUCCCCCUCUACUUAACUAUGAUACCUGUUCAUACCGUCCUCCCCCCCCGUCCUCCUUUCGGCUCCAAUACUGCCAGUAUGAAGUUAGAUCCCCUCUCUCUCCGUAUUGCAUGGUGGACGGGCCCCCUACGAUACCGGAAGGUAAGAUAUAC